AUGGCAUUAGAAUAUGGUACAAUUUUUCCACCUACAAUGAUCAUGACUGAUUUUGAAUCUGGUGUUAUACCCGUUAUCAAAUUAGAGAUGAAUGAUAAAUGCUAUGAAAUAGACUUUACCUCAUCAUUUGAAAUUCAUGAUGAAUCUACACUUGAUGAGACAGAUUCAUCCGAGGAUUUAUCAGAAGAUGAAUUUGAAGCAAGUGAAUGCCAUGAGUACGAAGAAUCUGCAGAAGCAAUGGAAGAAAGUGACUCACAUUCAGAGUCACAAGAAGAAACAAUAGGAAGUGAUGGACAAUCAGGAGAAGAAUUUUCCCUCGAUUAUAUGAAGAAGGUGCUGAACUAUUAUGAUGAAACUGACAAGAAUGGAAAACGAGCACAUAGUUGGAAGACCGUUGCUUAUCGAUUUCGUUGCAUUCGUCAUCAAUAA